AUGUCGUCCGUUCAGCUCAAGUUCUCUCUUCGGACUUCCUCCAAUGUCAAGACCGUCCACCUGGUCGGUUCGUGGGACAACUACUCCCGCCAGAUCCCUCUCUCGCGCGAUGAGAACAAGUCUGGCUCGUGGGUGGGCAAGUUCCGCUUCCAGACUUCCAUGCUUAAGUUGGGUGGUCGCUACUGGUACUACUAUAUCAUGGAUGGCUAUCACGUCUCCCAUGAUCCUGCUGUUGAAUAUACCGUGGAGCCCACCACUGGCCGCAAGCUCAACAUCCUGGAUGUUCCCGGCGGCAAGUCCUCCAGCUCUUCCUCGGCCCCUAGCAAGAGCCACCGUCGGACCUCGGCGGCCUCGGAUGUGGUCAAGGGCCGGGCUCUCUCGCCAUCCAAGAUUCAGCACCCCAAGCCCUCCAAGCCCUACGCCUCUCGCCAGAUCCGGGAGACUGACUUUGUCGGUGGCCCUCCCACUAUGGACGAUCUGACCCGGCGGUUUGCGGGAUCCCGUCUAUCGGACGAGUACUCCCUCUCCAACAGCCCGCCCAGCUCUGCGGGCAGCUCGCUGUCGUCCCGCUCCUCGGGCAGUACCUCUCCCUCAUCGCUCAGUUCCAUGAGUGAUCCCCCGACCCCGAUCUGCCGGUGUGAGCGCUAUGGGAUCACCCGCAAGGGAGACCGUGUCAAGCUAGACUGUGGAGGCAGUCGCUGCGGGUAUGUCACCGAGUCCUCGGAGGCCAGUUGCUCCGAGUCGGAGGACAGUGAUGAGGAGUACAGACGGGCACGGAGUGCCGUCAGAAGGCAGGGAAUUGUUGUCCGAAGAUAA